AUGUGUGUGUGUGUGUGUGUGUGUGUGUGUGUGUGUGUGUGUGUGUGUGUGUGUGUGGGUGGGGAGGGGAGGGGACACGGCCGAACCCAGAUUGAACCUCCUUCCGACUUUGGACGCCCCGGAUUCCUCACUCACUCCUCUGUCUCUGUGUCUCUGUGUCUCUGUCUCUGUCUAUCUCUCUGUCUAUCUCUCUGUCUAUCUCUCUGGCUGUCUCUCUGUCUGUCUCUCUCACUCUCUCUUUCCCUCCGCGAUGCGAGCAGCCAUUGCGAUGACGACGGGCAGCCGCGCCUUGACGAAAUGUUGGUUCAGCUCGUCGCGUACGAUGCCGACGUGUACCUCCUUCAAGAAUUUAGCAAUUUUCGCCUCUUUACCAAGGACGAUGCCAGCUACACGAGUCGCCUGGUGCCAGACCUCAACCCUUUGGGAAAGAUGGUGCUGGAGUGGUAUUGUGAGGUUCUGACCCGCUGCGCCCCUGGGCCACGCCCCGCAGCCAAAUGGGCGUUUGUGACCUUUGCUGGCAACGCCAUCCUGUCACGCCAUCCCAUGGUCAGUCUGCCUGCCGCCGUGCGGCCCAAGGACGGCUCCCCGGAGCAACCGCGCGGUGCCGGCCCUUCUGGCCGCCAACAGCUGCGCAUCAAGUGUGUGCAGCUCGACAUCGAGGGCCAUCCUUCGCUCCUGCUCCACAACGUGCAUUUGGAUCAUCGGCGCGAGCCCACUCGACACACGGAAUGGCAGGAGGUAAUGCGCAUCCACAGCGAGCCCGCACCCCGCAAAGCCCGCCCCCAGCUCUUUGCCGGUGAUUUCAAUGCCCUUACCAAGUCUGACUACUCUGAGACCCGUUGGGCCGAAAUCGCCCAUAUUCGCGCCCGUACCAACUGGGAAGCCCCCGUUUCCUCCCUUUGCGAGACCAUUGCCGACGCCGGCUGGGUCGACGUUUAUGCCCGCUGUAACCGCCGCAGCGACAGUGUCUUGACAUGCCGCUUCAACACCCGCAUUGACUACAUCUAUACAAACCGCGCCUGGGAGGAUCAUUUGCGUUGCACCAACUGUAUCAUUGAUCGAGGCAAUGUCUCUUCCGAUCACAAACCCGUCAUUGCAGACUUUGCCUGGCGCCCCUAG